GCAGCCAGAGCUGCUGAAAGAUUUUGCUUUUGCUUUCCUUGCUGCUGCACUUCCUCCAUUUGCUCUUUUUUCCCCCUGAAGGGGACAGGAGACAGGCUAAUGACAGCCUUUCUUGUCCCUUUGGAUCAUGCUGGGUUGAUAAUUUCCUCACCUAGCUUCACAUUCAUCUUGUGAAAAAGAGCAUUCUUCACUUCAGCAAGAAUUCUACAACUGAUAACAUUAUCCCAAGGUAAAGAGCGACUGGAAGUGAAGUCCCAAGGAUGGUCAAUACCAGAUGUUUCUUCUUUCUUUCUAGGAUAACCAUCGAUAGGUUUUUCUGCAGCCUUUUCAAAUAAACAUGGCAGAGGGAGGAGCUUCAAGGCACUGGGAGGCAAAGAGACGUGAUGUCAAGAGGGCAGAGGCCAGGCUUACCCUAGGACUGCGCAGUUUAGAAGAAGCCCGGCUCUACUGUCUGAACACCAUGACCAGGGAACAGCAGCGACUCCAGCAGGAACUCCUAAGGUUACAGAAAAGCCGAUCCAAGCAGAAAUUCUCAUUGGGCCCUGGACAUAUUCACUUUAAAGCAACAUUUCCUCUACCUCCUUCUCUGGUUGUGCAGAAUUCUGGUGACUUCCAUUAUACAGGAUUACGAUCUCGAAGAAAAACAUUGCCUAAGACUGGGGAAGUUGCAUGGACAAAGCAAUCUCCCAUCCAUCCAUGGAAGCUCAGUGGAGAUGUCUCUGGUUGUGAAGGAAAGAGAAAGGGGCACUUGCCACCCUUGGAGGCCAAAGACCCAAAUGUUGCUGAUGACAGAGAUAUGAGCAGCCUUAAAGACUCCAUGGCUAAACAGCUAAAUAUUUCAGCAGAGUCUGUGGACCAGACUGAUAUCAUAGAAGAGCAAGGAAAAGACUCAAUGAAAGAAGAGCCAAGGGAUUCUCAAGCCAAAGAUACCAUGGCCAUCACCAAACCCAUGAAUCUCCCUGAGAAUCGAAGAUCUUCUCUUGAUCGUGAGAAGCUGAUCAUGGAUCCUGAGGCCUAUGCUGCUGAUGGACGCCUAAGGACUAUGUACAACAGGCCUGAUUUCCUCAAAUCUUAUGGUGAAGUUAGGAAAGCCCGCUAUAUUCGGCAUAAGGGCAUUCCAGCCUGGGAAAAGGAGCUCAACCUUCAAGAUAUAUUUGGGCACAAAAAAAACAUGGGGCAUUCCACCCAGGAAAUGGUUGCUGCCAAAACUAAGCCCUAAGCAGGCGGAAUGGGCAGAUCUAGCAAAGUAAAGUACCAAGAGGCCUCUAUUGAAAAGGCUGCAGAGACAAGAUCAUUUAGCUACUUGCAACAGGCUAGCUAAAUGCAGCCUGGUCUCAACAGGCAGCAAAAACAGGUCUUUUAUUUAGUCUCUGGUGGGUUGCUGUGCACAAGGACAAGGUGGGGAAGGAGGGGUGGGAAAAGGGGAGGUAAAGGCUCAAAGGUUCAUUGGGAACAUACAAUUUGAGAUCAAUGAAUACUUGGUGACUUAGUUUUAUAAGAAGUAGUAAUCAAGUCACUCAUGGCUUAAACCAUACUGACAGGGCCGGAUUUUCCUAUAGGCUAACUAGGCUUCAGCCUAGGGCCUCAAGAUCAAGAAGGGCCUACAUUCCCUACAUUCAAAUUGUUAGCAAAAUUAAAAUUACACUUUCACUAUAGGUGAAAGGGCCUCAUAAGUAGAAUAGCCUAGGGCCUCUUUUCAUCUAAAUCCGGCCCUGCAUACUGAUAUGAAGGAGGUUUGGGGAAAGGAUAUACAUGAUGGACUGUGACAGUUCCUAUUCCAAUUUUUUUCUCUAGAAGAAACUGGUAAUUCUAAGUACAUUUUGUGCAUUAGAUUCCAAUACUGUACUAAAAAUUAAAAGUAAAUCAAAAUAGGUAACAGAGCAGGAUGUUUUUUAAAGCCGGGUCUUGGUUAACAUAUUUUGACAUAUUUUGAGCUGAUAAACAUUUUUAGCAUUUUGGUAUGUAAAUCCCGCCCCCAGCUUGCCUUUUAGUUUUUAAUGAGGGAGGGGGAGAAAAUAGCUAUAGAGUGAAUCUUCAAUUCAGUUUGGCUCCUGGCAUCUCUCUAGAUGAGUCCCUGCCAUUUUCUUGUCCCUGCCAUUUUCCUAGCAAGUUUUCAUAAGUGAUUUGGCAUUACCUUCUUCCAGCAAUAUUAUGUAAUGCCUUUAUUGGGUCCAGCCAAAAUGGCACAAAAAUAUGUGUAUAUUUCCUUCAGAGCAAUCUAUUAGGCUAAAAUUGUUUCUAGAAAGUGAACAAUUAAAAAAAAAGCAGGAAAGUUCAGACAUUAGGGCAUAUAUGGUGCCUGUGAGUUCUGUACUUUAAACUCAAUCUGAAUACAUAAGAUGCUGAUUGCAGAUAUCAGAUUAAAGACCUGACACUGAAAUCUGCAGGUAUCAGAUUAAAUUUAACAUUCUAGGAUAAAGAAAUGAUGAGUUCCUCAUUUUUGUAAACAAUAUGGUAGUCUAUAAAUUUGUCUCUUUCUCUGACAAGUUUGCUUUCUGGUUCUAGAUGAUUGACAGUCCAGUUCUUCAUAGCAGCCAAUGUGUUCUCAGAAUUAAAAACAUAUCUUAAAAACAUGUUUCAAAAAGAUUAAAGGCACUUAUUGAAUUGCUUCAUUAAAAACUCCAAACAAUAA